AUACCAGCUUCAAGAUCCAGCCUGUCCCUUGUCUUGCUGAAAGCUGGCCCUGGCAGUCCUUUGCAGGAUGCUCUGCUGUGGCUGUUCUCCACAUCCCUGCCACACGUGGGGCCUCUCUGCGUCCCUGGAUGGUUCCUGCAUCAUUGCUCAGUGUCCUGUUCCCCUGGACCUCUUUCCCUGACCCCAGAGCUGCUGCUCCCAUGGGACCUGCCCUGCUCUUGCAGGCUUGAGUUAAGCUGGGGAAGCAAAUGAAGGUGGUGUCCUUGCAUCUUAUCUCCCAGCCUCCUGGACUCUGAGCCCCUCCUGCCUGUGUGCCCUCUCCACGCUUGGACUUGCCCUACCAGUGCUGUUUUGGGGAGAUGGGGUAGGGGGAAAUUGCAGAUUUCCACUAAACAAACUGGAUUAUAGCUGGCAGCCAUUACUUGGAGGAGAGCAGGAGGAGCAUCCGUCUCUGCUCCUGUUGUGUCCACAGCAAGGACUCGCACCUGACCAGGUUUCCCACGUGCAACUUUCCUGGAAAAUUUUAUCUGACCUUUGGUCACUUAUCUGGGAUUUGGAGAGCUGGGCAGCGACAGCGGAGCCUGACUGGGCUGUUGCUUCUGCAGGAUGGCUGGGCACCGCUCGCUCCCUCCCUGGGCACAUGCCACCCACCUGGGGCUUGCAGAAAACUUACUGCAAACUUCUCCAGCACCCUGGGGAGCCUGCACUUCUCACCCUAUGUCUGCAAGCCCCGAGGGGCUCAGAUAAGAAACCCCGGCUGGGUGCGGCACAUGCUUUGGAAAAAACAUACUUACAAGAUGGGUUGCAAUAGCUCCAAAGGUUUAUUUGUCUGCUACGAUUUAUCAGCUGCUGGAGUGGCUGUAGUAAUUUGCUCCACCUUAAAGUUAAGGUGGAUGCCACACCCUCUGGUAACCAAAGUUGAUAGCAACAUCACUUGUGCUGGACCUCAAGGGAAAAGUUGCUGCCACAGAGAUCCUUAGAUCCUUCCUUUGCUCUUCAGUUGCUACCUGCCUGAUACUGUGCGAAGAUCCUGGCCUCUGAGCACAUGGAUUUUGGAAGUGUUGCAGAGAAUGAGAACGCGCAGCUGCAGCACAGGAAUGGGGGGCUGUACCAGCUCGAAGACCUGCAGAAGGAGAUGGAAAAACUGGCUGGCUCUGAAACAGAUUUGUCAGCCAGGAUGGUCUUCAGUGAAGAGGAAAAACUGAAGAUUUCCAAAGACCUCAUUGAUCUCCAGAUCGAGACAAACAAAAUGAAGGAGCAGUAUGAGACAGAGAACUUUGAACUGAAAAAUAUGAUCCUGUCCCUGGAGAAUCGUGUGCUGGAGCUGGAGCUCUGCAGUAAGAAAGUCACUGGGGAGCGAAAUGCCUUACAGGAACGCCUGUAUGUUCUGGAGACCAGUUGGAAGGAGCUGACAGAUGAGUACAUCAUUUUGAAAAGCAAUUACCUGGCUCUUGGCAAAGAGCUGGACCAGGAGGUCAUGAAGAAUGAAGAGCUCAGCCUAGAGCUGCUCAACCUGGCCAAUGCCAGGAGCAACCUUCCCCGCACUAACAGCAAUGGCUUCCCUGCCAUGGCCAAUGAAUCCUCUGCCGAGCUGGAAAGAGUGAGAGCAAUGGUGCAUCGUCUCUCUGCUCAGAAAGUGAAGAACCAGCCAGAAGAUGUAGUUGCCUCUGAACAUGAGCGGCAAAAGCUGGAGAGAAACUUGCUUGGAAACCAGGAUCACAUAAAAGUGGAACUUGAAAUACUGAAGAAAACCUAUGAUUCGCAGCAACAGAAACUGGAAGACAGAAUGAUCACGAUGGGGAAGGAGCUGCAGGAAGCAAAGGGAGCAAUUGGGGACACCCAGCACAAGCUGGUGGAGCAGUCAGCGGUGCUGCUCACCUCCCAGAGCCAGCUCCAAGAGGUGGAGGCAGAGAACUCCCAGCUGCAGCUUCGUCUGAAGGAGUUGAACGAGGAAUAUCGCUCCCGGCUCGCGCAGUACAUCAAGGAUGUGGCGGACUACAUGGACAGCAAAUCUAGCAACAUAACGGGGCCUAGCACGGCCCCAGCUGAUCUUGCUCCCAUGAAACACUUUGUGGACAGCAUGCUGAAGGAUAUCAGGGCUUCCUACAAGUCUCGGGAAGAGCAGCUAGCUAAAGCAGCACGUGGCUACAAGAAACGCAUGAAGAACUUGGUCAAGAAGCAUGAGAACCUGCUGAUUGCCUACGGGCUCCAGCGAGAGCAGAUCCAAUCCUUGGGCAGCAGUGCUAUGGAUUGUGGCCCUGCCGAGCUCCACUUUUCCAUCACAGACCCAGAGCUGCUGACAAACACAACCCGGGAGCUAAACCGGCUGCGGGAGGAUAAAGCAAAACUGGAGAUGCAGCUACAUGAAUUGCAGAAGAAAAGACUGAAAGAAACCUCUGCCCUUCCGCUGUCUUCCAAGCAGCAGCUGGAUGAGGAGGGCUGGGCAGAGGUCAGGAAGCAGCUCCAGGAGUUCACACACACCACCCAGGAGGAUUUGGAGCAGAAGAGAAGCCAGCUGCUGACUCGGGCGAUUAUGGCAGAAGAGCAGGUGUCAGAGCUACAGGAAUACAUAGAUAAGCAUCUUGCAAGGUACAAGCAGGAGAUCAUCCGGCUGAGGAACCUUGCUGGCAGUGAUGUGCCACGUGUGCCGGGUGCUGGGACAGAUGAUAUUCACUCACUGCCCAGAGCCAGAAGGACUGUCAGCCAUGAACCGUAGCUCUCCACCACGGCUCUGAGGAGUAGCAUGAUCAUACGAGCAAGCAGGAUUUGAAAAGCAGCUUUCUGUUUUGUGGGCAGGGCAAGUAUCCUUCCCUGGCUGAGAGCUGGGAGGCACAGCAAGGGAAACCACGUGGGUGUUCUCAGUCUCAAAUUCACAGUACUAAAAUGAGACAAGACAACUGCAUCUUGUCUAUCCUCUGAUCCUCAGCUGCAGGAAUUCUGCUGUUCCCUGAGCACAUCACGCCUUGGGACACGGGGUCAGGUUCUCAGGCAGCUUUUUACUGUGGGACUGCAGGGACAGGUUCCCAUUCUCGUGGUAACGUUUUGCCUGGAUCACGCCUAGCCCAGAGUCCAAGGGCUAACUCUGUUCCUGCCUUUGCUCCUCUCUCAGCUUCUAAGAGAAGCCAGGACUGAUUCAAGUUAGACUUUGGCCUAAGAGGUUAGACGAAGGGGUAAGCUGCUUUUUUAUGGUGGGAAAAUUUUUCUUUCCUCUGUCCAAGUGGAAAAGGGA